GUAUUAUGACAUAGUACUUAUAUUAUUAUAUUUGCUAUGCAUCAAAUCACAAUGUAUGAUAUAUUUUUUUGUUGAUGAUAAGAGUUACUAAGGCUCCCGGAUAUAUGUAACUAAAUUUGGUUAUCGAGAUAUUUAUUUUUCGCUUGCUUCUCCUGUUAUUGAUUUAUUUUAUUGAUAACAAUUAAUUGAUUUACAAAAAUGUAUUUACCAAUUUGCAUAUAGUUUAACGGUGAUUAAUGAUCCUAUCUCCAAAAGUUAAUUAAUAUACAUACAUAUGUAUAUAUGAAAGAACUAUACAAGAUCUGAACGCCAAUGAUAAACUCUUCGGUGGUGCUAUCUUAUGUACUUUUGUCUGGUGAUUUACGAAAGACCUCGCCCUAUUCUUGCGGAUGAGAUUAAUGGAUGUUUGAAACAAUCAUUCUUAUGGCGAAGUAUUGAAACAUUUCGAUUAACCAUAAACAUGCGCGUACAAUUGCAAAAUGAUACAUCCGCACAAAUAUUUUUCGAAAAGUUACUAGAUAUUGAAAACAGUGAAAUAGAAAUGAAAUCAGAUACGCAAUGCUUUAAACUGCCAGCUUAUUUAUGCACUUAUGGUAUUCAGAGUUUACUUUUAAAGUUAAUAGGUGGCAACUUUAACAAGAUAACACAUUCCAACUUUGAGCAACCCUUCAAACAGCUGAUUCGAACUGCCAAAAAUUGUGUAGCUACAAAAAUAUUUACAUAUAAGUAAUGCCUCGCAAAAGUGGAAAAGAAAAAUUACUAAACGGACUGUGCUUAAAAAACAUGUUGGAAUUGCUGCUCCAAGAUUCAAGCAGUGACUUUAAUGUUAGUGCAGCAAUAAUUUUGUCCUCAAGAAGAUGCAGCCACGGAAAUGUGCCAAAAUCUACAAAUUGGAUUGACACAAUCCUUCCCAACUUCGAUAACAAUCGUAUGCGGCAAAUGUUACGACUGGAAGCUCCAGAAUUUCAACAUAUUUUAAGCUUAGUCAAAGAAGAUACUGCUUUUAAAAAUAAAAAUUCGGUUCCUCAAAUCCCAGUGGAAUUGCAAUUAAAGAUCGCACUUUGCCGUUUUGGUUCUAGUGGGGAUAGUGCAUUCAUCAGAAAGGUUGCAACCUUGUUUGGAGUUGGAGAUGGAGGAACUGUGAUUACAGUUACAGACCGCAUUAUUUCUGCCAUCGUAAAUUUGAAAUUUAAGUUUUUGUGUUGGCCAACUAGGGAAGAAAGACGCAAAAUUGUAGCCAAUACAAUGCUCGAGCUGCCAGGGUGCAUUGGCUAUGUCGAUGGCACUGAAAUACGUUUGUCGGAAUCUCCAAUUAAGGAUCAUGAAUUCUAUUUUUCCAGGUAAAAACAGUAUUCCAUGAAAAUGCAAAUAGUGUGCGACUAUUCUUUGAGAAUUCGACAAGCAACAAUUGGAUAUAAGGGCAGUGUACAUGAUGCUAAAAUUUUUGCAGAAUCAGCUAUUGGACGAGCACCUGGAAAUUAUUUUUGUGAACGGCAAUGGAUUGCUGGUGAUUCUGCGUAUCCCUUAAAUAGAAAUAUAAUUACACCUUUUCGGGAAAAUAGCA